AACCGAGGCCCGGCGAGUGGCUCCACCCUGCCCCGGGGGUGAGCCACCCCGGGGCCUCAGUCCGUCCCAGGGGACCGCCAUGAACGGCUCGGGGUCCCCGGCCGAGGCCCCCGAGUCCUGCCAGCGGCUGGCGGCCGGCGGGCACAGCCGGCUCAUCGCCCUGCACUACAACCACUCGGGCCGGCUGGCGGGGCGCGGCGGGCCCGAGGAGGGCGGCCUGGGGGUCCUGCGGGGGCUCUUCGUGGCCGUGAGCUGCCUGGUGGUCCUGGAGAACCUGCUGGUGCUGCUGGCCAUCGUGAGCCGCAUGCGGUCCCGGCGCUGGGUGUACUACUGCCUGGUGAACAUCACGCUCAGCGACCUGCUCACCGGCGCGGCCUACCUGGCCAACGUCCUGCUGUCGGGGGCGCGCACCUUCCUCCUGGCGCCCACCGAGUGGUUCCUGCGCGAGGGCCUGCUGUUCAUGGCGCUGGCCGCCUCCACCUUCAGCCUGCUGUUCACGGCGGCCGAGCGCUUCGCCACCAUGGUGCGGCCGGUGGCCAAGAGCGGGGCCGGCAAGACGGGCCGCGUCUACGGCUUCAUCGGGCUCUGCUGGCUGCUGGCCGUCCUCCUGGGCCUGCUGCCGCUGCUCGGCUGGAACUGCGUGUGCUCCUUCCGGCGCUGCUCUAGCCUGCUCCCGCUCUACGCCAAGGAGUACAUCCUCUUCUGCGUGGCGGUCUUCGCCUGCAUCCUGGCCGCCAUCACGGUGCUCUACGGGGCCAUCUUCCGGGUGGUGCAGGCCAACGGGCAGAAGGCCUCCCGGGUGCUGGCCCGCCGCAAGGCCCGCCGGCUGCUCGAGACGGUGCUCAUGAUCCUGGCGGCCUUCCUGGUGUGCUGGGGCCCGCUCUUCGGCCUGCUGCUGGCCGACGUCUUCAGCUCCAACGACUGGGCGCGGGAGUACCUGCGGGGCAUGGACUGGAUCCUGGCGCUGGCCGUGCUCAACUCCGCGGUCAACCCGCUCAUCUACUCCUUCCGCAGCCGCGAGGUGUGCCAGGCCGUGCUGGGCUUUCUCUGCUGCGGGUGUCUCAGGCUGGGCCUGCGGGGGCCCGGGGACUGCCUGGCCAAGGCCGCCGAGGCCCACUCUGAGGCCUCCACCACCGACAGCUCGCUGAGGCCGCGGGACAGCUUUCGGGGCUCCCGGUCGCUCAGCUUUCGGAUGCGAGAGCCCCUGUCCAGCAUCUCCAGCGUGCGGAGCAUCUGAGCCGUAGGCUCCACGCCCAGCAUGGAACCUAACGGGGGGCUCGAACCCGUGACCCCGAGAUCCAGACCUGCGCUGAGAUCAAGGGCCGGAUGUUCAACCGACCGAGCCACGCGGGCGCCCCUGGGGUUCCCUUUAGCACUAACUGCCUUGUCCUUCCCUCCUGUGACAUGGGCCCAUCACGGAUGGGACCCUGGGAGGAGGCGCUUGCCAGGGCACGUGGUAGGAAGGCGCGGCCCAUUCCGGGAGCCCCCGUGGCUGUUGAGCACUUGGUAAGUGGUCAGCGCCACGGGCAACCGAACUCAGUUUGGGUUUGAACAGCCCGUGCGUGACACCCGCAGCCAGCACAUUGGACAGCGCAGGGCUACGGCCCUCAAGACGUGGGCCACUUUCAGCUGGGAGGAAGUUCCCUCUCUCUCCCUCCUUCCAGGCAAGCCCCUGCCUGCAAAUCUUCCUGCCUCUGUCUUGCCACGUUCCUGGGGGCAGCACCUGCCUGCCGCGUGGGCACAGGACAGCUCUUCUCUGACCUCGGUUUCCCCUGUGCACGAGGAGGGGUGAGGCGACUGGAAACUCCGCCGCACCGCCCCGCGCGCCACGGCUAGCCGAGGGGCGGCUGUUUACAGUUAACGAAAAUGAAAUGAAAUUUUGAAAUUCACCUUCUCGGUGCCUCGGUCGGCUGGAGGUGCCGCGUCUCAGUGGCACAGCCCGAGGGGCUUUAUAGACACUCGUUCCCUCGUGGUUCUGGAGGCCGGAGCCUCUGGGGCUCCGAGGUGGAAUCCGUACCAUGCUCUCUCCUAGAUUCUGGUGGUUUGCUGGAAUCUUCCGUGUCCCCCGGCCCGUGGAAGCGUCCUCCCGAGCUCUGCCUCCACGUGGCGCUCUCCCUGGGUGUCCGUGCCCGAAUGCCUUCUUUCUCUAAGGACACCGAACGACCUCAUUUUUAACGUGAUCACCUCUGUAAAGACGCUGUCUCCAAACACAGUCUCAUUCUGAGGACUCAGACGUGAGCUCUGAGGGGGACACAGUUCAGCCCAUAACGUCCGGUCGCGCCAGGCACGUUUUAAGCGCUCCAUAGUGACGUGUGGCUUGUGGCCACUGUCCGGGGUGGUGUAGACGCAGGACAUUUCCAUCAUCACAGAGAUUUCUGUUGCACAGAAACUCCAGGCAUGUGUCCAGGUGCACAAUAAACUGGGAUAUUCUUACAUUU